AUCUUCAUCUCAAGCAACUCUCAGAGACCAAUCCUCAUCUCAAGUUACUCUCAGAGACCAAUCCUCAUCUCAAGUUACUAUCAAAGACCAAUCUUCAUCUCAAGUUACUCUCAAAGACCAAUCUUCAUCUCAAGCAACUCUCAGAGACCAAUCCUCAUCUCAAGUUACUCUCAAAAACCAAUCCUUAUCUCAAGCAACUCUGAGAUAUCAACUCUCAUCUCAAGCAACUCUCAGAGACCAAUCCUUAUCUCAAGCAACUCUCAGAGACCAAUCCUCAUCUCAAGUUACUCUCAGAGACCAAUCCUUAUCUCAAGCAACUCUCAGAGACCAAUCCUCAUCUCAAGCAACUCUCAGAGACCAGUCCUCAUCUCGAGCAACUCUCAGAGACCAAUCUUCAUCUCAAGCAACUCUCAGAGACCAAUCCUCAUCUCAAGUUACUCUCAGAGACCAAUCCUUUUCUCAAGUUACUCUCAGAGACCAAUCCUCAUCUCAAGCAACUCUCAGAGACCAAUCCUUAUCUCAAGUUACUCUCAGAGACCAAUCCUUAUCUCAAGUUACUCUCAG